UUGACUGCUGUGGCAUCGAAUGGGAGCGUCAACGCUGCUGAGACUUUAAUUCAGAGUGGGGAGCGUGUUGACACGACGGAUCUGUGUGGCAUUACCCCCCUCAUGUUAGCUGCGCUGUAUGGUCACAAGGAUAUGAUUGGCUUUCUUCUGGAUAAAGGGGCCUGUGUGAAUAAGCAGUCUCAAGACGGAGAUACGGCUCUGAUGUUUUCGGCGUGGAGGGGACACGCAGACGCGGUCAAAGUUCUACUGUGUAACGGG